AGGCGUUUGCGAGUUGCGACGGUCAUUUACUGUUUAGUGAUCAUUCGACCGUCUGUGGGGUGUGAUCGUUUCGUCGUUAUCCCGUUUUAACGAUUCUCUCUCGAAUUUCUGUGUAUGUUAUUCCGAUUGAUGUUACACGUCGUCGCGGCCCAAAUUAUCGUUACCUACCGCUGACUCCGCGCCCUGUGUGCGGGCGUGAAUUUCGUUCUGCUCGUAACGAUAUAAUAAAUAUUGUUGACAUCUACAUUAAAUCGCAUUAUAUACACGCAACGCUCAGACCCGUCUCCGGUUAUUUUUGUCCGUAUAUCCGAUUAAACACCCAAAACACCGUCAUGAGUCUGACGUCGUAUUUAACGGUAGCCAACAUCGCCGUGCACGUGCUUGGCAGUAUCACGUUCGUCUUCUCCGUAUACUAUAAUUACGUUCACGUCAACAUACCCACGCACGUGAAUCCCAUCGACGACGCGUUCGGCGGCAAAUUCAAAUACCUCACGUUUUUGGAUGGAUGUUUUCAAGCAUUGUUUUUCCUAUAUGCUUUGAUUGUGGACGUUUUUCCGUUGAUUUUCCCUUCUAAAUCAUCGGUCUUGGAAACAUUAGCUCAAGUGAAAUACUUUUUCUUCGCCAGCAUUGCUUUUCCAUUAAGUAUGUUUGUGUCUACGACUUUUUGGAGCCUAUGGUUUAUCGACCGCAAUUUGGUGAUGCCUAAAGACAUAGACUUAUAUUUUCCAAUUUGGCUGAACCACACAAUGCAUACGUUUGUAUUCGUAUUCACCUGCUUGGAAAUGGUCACCGCUUACCGCCCAUAUCCAUCCCGUAUUUCCGGAAUGACUACACAUAUUUGUCUGCAGUUAUCUUAUUUAAUAUGGAUUCAUAUUGUGUAUAGUCAGUGCCAUAUGUGGGUAUAUCCAAUUCUUACUCAGUUGAACCUGCCAUUGAGAUGCCUUUUCUUCUUGGGUACAUUUGUGUACACAUCAGUCUUGUACAUAGUUGGCGAAUAUUUCAACAAGUUUGUCUGGGGCUAUCAACCUCAAAAGGUACAAAACCAGUACGAUCCUUAGACAAGAAGUUGAAAAGCUCUCUUAAUACUAAUUAUUAUUAUUAUUAUUAUUAUUUUUGUAAUUUGUAAUAAUUACCAUGAUUGAUUUUUGAUGAAUAUUCGAUAAAAAAAGUUGAUCUUUCGAUUUAAGACUGUACAACAAUGGAUCAUCAGACAAAAUUUUAUAAGAUAAUGUGAUUAUUAUUUUGUAUGGACGUGUGAAAUAUUUUAUUUUUAUUACCUACUAUAUUGCUAUUGUCUUUUAGUAUUAAUCUUUUUAUUAUUUCUGUGUGUGUACACGCGCUUGUGUACUUUUGUGCGUGCGUGUAUGUGUUUAUAAUAUAUUGGAUAUAAAAUAAUAUUACUAUAUUACAUUUAAA